CUCUGCGCAGGCGCGGACGCAGGUUGCAGCAGCGCCAGGCCUCAGCCAAAGCAGUGGUUCUGCUGCCCCUCCCCCGCUCCGAAUCCGCGGCCGCCGCUUGUAGGCCUGUAGUCCCAGCCCCAGCGAUCCGGACUGCAGACCCCGUGACCCUAUUCCCUGGCCAGUGCGCGCCGGAGCAGCUCGGUACUGCGCAGCGCUCUGCGUGCAGGAUGCUUGGCCCUCAGGGUCUUUUGCCUGAGAAGAGAUAAGCUGGAAAGAAGAAUUUAAGCACCUAGAAAGUACAGACUGAGGAGGAACAAGAGACAUGGGAAAGUCUUUUUCUCAUUUGCCUUUGCAUUCAAAUAAAGAAGAUGCUUAUGAUGGAGUCACAUCAACUGAAAAUAUGAGGAAUGGACUGGUUAAUAAUGAAGUCCAUAAUGAAGAUGGAAGAGGUGGAGAUGUCUCUCAGUUUCCGUAUGUGGAAUUUACAGGAAGAGAUAGUGUCACUUGUCCCACUUGUCAAGGAACAGGAAGAAUUCCUAGGGGGCAAGAAAACCAGCUUGUGGCAUUGAUUCCAUAUAGUGAUCAGAGAUUAAGGCCAAGAAGGACAAAGCUGUAUGUGAUGGCUUCUGUGUUUGUCUGUCUGCUCCUCUCUGGAUUGGCUGUGUUUUUCCUUUUCCCUCGCUCUAUUGACGUGAAAUACAUUGGCGUAAAAUCAGCAUACGUCAGUUAUGAUGUUCAAAAGCGUACAGUAUAUUUAAAUAUCACGAACACACUAAAUAUAACAAACAAUAACUAUUAUUCUGUUGAAGUUGAAAAUAUCACUGCACAAGUUCAGUUUUCAAAAACUGUUAUUGGAAAGGCUCGCUUAAACAACAUAACCAAUAUUGGCCCACUGGAUAUGAAACAAAUCGAUUAUACGGUACCUACUAUCAUAGCAGAAGAAAUGAGUUAUAUGUAUGAUUUUUGUACACUGAUAUCAAUCAAAGUACAUAAUAUCGUACUCAUGAUGCAAGUUACUGUGACAACAACAUACUUUGGACACUCUGAACAGAUAUCCCAGGAAAGAUACCAGUAUGUUGAUUGUGGAAGGAACACAACUUAUCAGUUGGGGCAGUCUGAGUAUCUAAAUGUACUUCAGCCACAACAGUAAAAAUUGAAUGAUAUGCCAGUGGAGAAGAAGAAAUCCCUAUCGAUAUUUUCUAGAACUCUGAAGAAUGAGGUACUUACUUCCUGAUAGGAGAUCUUAAAUUGAAGAAAACUAAAGUUUACACCUUCCAUUUUAGGGGUACAAGUAAAAGUAGGUGGACUCGAACAUUACUGCAGCGAUCCACUCUGUGUUCAUGUUGUCUGUACCAGGAUCUUUUACUUGAAUCUAAAUUUGCCAAUUGAUUUUCUUCUCCCCCUCUCCCUAGCGGGGGAAAUUGAGACUUCCCAUGUAGGACAGUAAGUAAUUUACAAUUCACAGCUUCGGCCACUACUGAAAACCUAACUUUGAUGAUGGACAUAAUUUGAGAAACUUUAUUUCUGAAUGUUUUUAUAGAAUAUUACUGAGAGCCUGUUAUUCAUGAAAGACUUUUAAAAAUAACCUUUUUUUUUCUGUUUUAUAAAUUCCCAUUGCUACAUAGUAGGAUUUCAAGGUAUUUUAGCUUUUAGCUAAACAUUUGUAGUUUUUCAUUUAUUGAAAUUCUACUCAUUUGCACGUUUUUGUCAGUCUUAUUUCAAUCCAGUGCUUGCAGAACACUAGAAACCAAAAUAAUCUUUGCAAAAUUCUGAAUCUAAAAUUUUUGAAAGCUCCCUGUUUCACAUGUCUUUCCAUCUAAGUAAGUUUUGUGAAAUUUUUGUGUAGUCUUCAAACAUCGUUAAUGUAUAAUAUUGUAAAUAAACUGUGCAUGGCUUUUAUACAGCUUAAAUAAAUGUCAAAUAAAGUACAGAUUCAAAAUAAAGUAAGUUGCUCAUAAAAAAUAAAUAAAACGGGAAAUUGAAAUUCAGAAACUUAUAGAAUGUGAAUAUGGUUCCAGUUACAUACAGGAUCAGGCAUCAAGUGAUUUUGAAAUAAAGUAUUUUGAUGCUCCACUUUUUUUUAAUGUUGCUUUUCAGACUAACAAGUUGUGGAGACACUUUUCACAACUCUUUGGUACCCAAGUCACCCAAUGUUACCCAUUUUAUGCCUGUUUUCAAGGAGGAAAUUGUGUCUUUGGUAGAAAUUCUCCAAGAAAUCUUAUUAAAUGAUGGUGGCUAUAUAAGAAUUAAACCUAUAUUAUGCUUUUUAAAAAUUUAAUCACUUUGCACAUCACAUGGAUAUCAAGCCUCUAGCAGUUAACGUUUUUAAAUUUUCAACUUUUUGUUUGGAUUUUAUUUAAAAUUAUUUUCAAGUGGAAAUUAUUGAUUUUUGCAUUUUGUCAUCUUAUAUUUUCAAUACCAUUUUCUGUUUGGGCUUUGUGCCUUUUCACUUACCAAGUUCUAAUUACCUUGUAAAUAUAUACCACUGAGGGUAGGGACCAACUGUGAUACCAAAAAAAUAAAUAAAUAAAUAAGUGGCUUGAGAUUAAUUUCUUUCUGUUCCCUAGAGACAGAAGUCAGGUUCCCUUUCCCUCAAAGUGCCUAACUUAGGUCUGAAACAUACCUGUUUAUCAGUCGGACUCUCUCAGCUGUUACACACAAGCUUUGUUUAAUUAUUUAGAGCUAAUGAAGUCUCCUUUCUGCCUUUAAACACACUCAGGUCUCCCUUUAGUGUUAUUAUAAUUUUCCCCAAGUUUUCCUGAGUGAACAUUUUAAAUGGGUAGAAUACACUUUUUUUUUUUUUGGACUGUUGUUUUACCUUAAUCGUUGCUAACUCACCCAUCGUUGCUAUUAAAGUCACCCCAUUACAUUUGUUAUAGACUCACUAGUCAAACCCAGCCUUCAUGUUUUUUUCUUCUAUGAUUUUUGACUACUCCUAUUCUCCUUGAAACUGAACACUCCUCUAAUGUUUCGAUUCUAUUUGUAUUUUUCAAAUCAUUCUCAUUUCAUUUUCCCUCAUUCUGUCUUUUGAUCUUUCAGUGACUAUUAUCUAGACCCUCUUUUGCUUCAAAAUUUCUACUCCUGUGACUUUAACCAACAAUCAUCUAUAUUAGGGCUUCCAAAUCUUUCUGUAUACCUGACCAGUCACCUGUCAGGCUUCUUCUCAUUUAGUGAGUUACCUAGAGAUGAAAGUAUUUCACUGACUGUGUAAAUCAUAAAGUGUUUCAAAAAUGUUUAUCAUAUUCUGUUCUCUCCUUGUCCUUACUUCAAAAUCACCCUUCAUUUUUUCAUAAUCACCCUUCAGAUAUGCCUUCUUCAGAAAUCAAUCCUGGUUUAUCUUUUAACUUCAUAAGAGUAUGUAGUGUAAGUGAAUGGAUUUUUCUGUUGAUUUGUGGUCUGAUAUCCUUUUGGAGUGCAUGCAUAGUAUUUGCUGAAGAUACAGGAAAGUGAAGGAACAUUUGCUUUUAGUGACUUAGUUUUGAAUAUUUUUUCUUCAUUUUUAAAAAUUAACACUUUAUUGUACCUACUUUCCAUGAAGCAUAAGGUAGAAAAACCUAGAAUUUAAGAUGAGUGCAAACCUGUAGUAGAAAAAAAGAUCACCUGUGACUACUUUCAGAGAAGUUUUAAAUAACUUGCCAGAAUAAGCUUGGAACAGAGCAGGUAUAAGUUAAUAAAAUUACAAAAAUACAUUCAGGUGAAACAGAAUUACAGCCAUUAAAAAAAGA